CUCUCCCGGCCCUGCGCCGCCCGCCGCCCGGGCCCCCACCAGGCCCGGACACAGGCGAGGUCCUGCAGCAGAUCAUGGCCAUCACCGACCAGAGCCUGGAGGAGGCGCAGGCCAGCUCAUAGUUUGAGGAAGAGAAAGUGAGUAGCAAAAACUAAGUCCACCUUGUGAGAGGAAGUCUAAGAAAAGGGACGGCAUCCUGUGCAAAGUCAGGUGUAGAGGACACAGCACUUUCAGAGAGCUCAAGAAAGCAUGCCCUGAAUUGCCAUCGGAUGAAGCCUGCUCUCUUCAGUGUGCUCUGUGAGAUCAAGGAAAAGACAGGGUUAAGCAUCCAUGGCAUUCAAGAAGAAUGUCCCCCCAAUGCUCAGCUCAUGCGGCUGGAUAACAUGCUGCUGGCCGAGGGCGUAUCCAGGCCGGAGAGGCGAGGAAGAGGAGGCCCGGUAGCAGCGGCCAACACAGCAACACCAGGUGGCUGUUCAAAUGACAAUAGCCUUGAACACUCUGACUACAGGGCCAAGCUGUCCCAGAUCCGACAGAUUUACCACUCUGAGCUAGAGAAAUAUGAACAGGCCUGCCACGAGUUCACUACACAUGUCACCAACCUUCUCCGGGAGCAGAGCAGGAUGAGGCCCGUCUCGCCCAAGGAGAUCGAGCGCAUGGUCAGUGUCAUCCACGGCAAGUUCAGUGCCAUCCAGAUGCAGCUGAAGCAGAGCACCUGCGAGGCCGUGAUGACCCUGCGUUCACGGUUCCUUGAUGCCAGGCGUAAGCGGCGGAAUUUCAGCAAGCGGGCCACGGAAGUGCUGAAUGAGUAUUUUUAUUCCCAUUUGAACAACCCUUAUCCCAGUGAAGAAGCCAAAGAAAGGCUGGCCAGGAAGGGCGGCAUCACAGUCUCCCAGGUCUCUAACUGGUUUGGCAACAAAAGAAUUCGGUAUAAAAAGAACAUGGGGAAGUUUCAAGAAGAAGCUACCAUUUAUACGACUAAAAUGGCAGUCGGGGGCCUGGGGAGCCAGGCUAGCUGCCCAUCGACACCCAGCUCCAGUUCCUCUGGUCCCUUCCCGCUGACCAGUGCCGGGGAUGCACUUGUCACCCUGCAGACACUGGCCUCUCUCCGCCCCGCCCCUGCAGGAGGCAGCUUACGGUCUCAGGCCAGGGGCAGCCGGCUGGGAGCUGCCCCCCCUGUGUUGACCGCUUCCCCCUCCGGAGACCCCGGGAGCAUCAACUCAGAUGCAUCUAAUUAAGUUUGGGAGACAAGCAGGACAGCAGACUGCGUGACCCGCCACAGUCUGCUGGCACUUGACCUUUUACUGCGCGUGCAGCCCAUUAUACCUCAGAAAACCCAGAACUGUUGGGUUGCUGCUGUCCGUUGCUUGCCGGCUGGGAUUCGAAAUGGUCUGAGAUGCUCUCAUUUUCUCGAUUCAGUUUGGGUUUUUUUUUCAUAGUAAUUUUAUGAUAAGACUGUGCAUUGUUUCUUCUAGGACUUGUCACAAUCCUCCCAUUACAACUUUUGACUUCUUUUCACGUUGAUGUUGUUCACACAAGGUUUGUUUCCGGCCACGGCGGUAGCUGGGCGGUGUGCGAGCCGUGAGUCUGUCCGCUCGUUUGUCCCUCCGUGUGCCGACUGGCCCGGACACCGCCUUCCCCAUUUGCUUCUGCUGUAUCAUUUCAUUAUGCUUUUGUUUAAGUCUGUUGUGAGCUCAGAAUUUUACUGGGAAUUGGUUUUGUAUUUUUCUCCGUUAAUAUAAGUUCUUCCAUUCUCAGUUGACGUGUCACUAAAGACAAUAAAUUUCCCAAGUGCUUUCCUGCA